AUAUUUAUUUGUCCACAGAAAAAAGUAUACUUGCCCAAACGCAAUUUUAGAAAAAGGAAGUACCGGGGCGUAAGUUUCCACCGACCUUUCCCAUCGCAGUCAUAGUCCGUCCUCCCACUCUUUUAUGCGAUACAAAAGUCAAAAACCCUAAAAGCUCCAUUACAACGCCGAGAAAUCUCCCUCGCAUCAAGCGUUUGUUGCUGAGACUGAGAGAUGGCGAAAUCGAAGAAUCAUACAGCUCAUAACCAGUCUUACAAAGCCCACAAGAAUGGGAUCAAGAAACCGAAAAGGCACAGACAAACUUCCACCAAAGGGAUGGAUCCCAAGUUCCUGAGAAACCAGAGGUAUGCCAGGAAGCAUAACAACAAGAGCGGUGGAUCUAAUACUGAGGAAGACUAGACACUUUGAGCAAUGUUAUGGUUCUUUUAAGUGUAUGGUUUUGUUCUUUCUGUUGUAACACAGUGCCAGUUUUGGUUUUAGUCUGACUUUAUCUGUCAAUUAGGUGAUUCUAUUCUCAAUCUGUCACAACUAAUGUCUUGAUUCUUCCCAAAAUUAUAAGAAGGUCCCAAUCUUUUGAUUGAAAAAUUUUUUUAAUGGUUUUUUCUGACUGCUUGAUUGAUGCCCCAUUUACUUUCGUUAAAGUUGCCUACUCUGUCUGAGUGCUGUAUUUUUCAAUGCUCAAUGGUUCUCCAAAAUUAGAUAUAUCUAGAAAUCUUAGGGGGAAGUUGCCGUAUUAAGUUUUUAUCUUUCUUAAGUAGUUUAUUGUAGGAAAUGCAAAUUGUUUGUCUUGUUGUAAGCUUUCUUGGCAAUGAAGACUUUUAUAAGCUGUAGCCUGUUGUAUUGUCAUUCCAUUGCAAUACUGUUCUCUUUGUUGAUUUAGUAAUUUUUCGUUGAAUAAUACUAGUGUUUUCAGGAUUGUUAAAUUGAUACCAAGUAAUGAGGACUUUAGACUUCUACCAUGGUAGGUGGUGCUUACUCGGUAAGCAUUUGGUCGGU